CCGGAAUUUCGAUGGAAUUGGGUGCUGAGGAAGUGUUCCACACCGCCACACUUCGAUCGAGGACGUGCCGACUGUUUGUGCUCCAUUGCUCUUGACAUCAUGAGCUGGCUGAAGAAGGGAGUGCGUGCGGCAGUCAAUAUGGUCGCACAAGCGGCUGAAGCUGUCUCGCCGAACUUGUCCUUGUCCCUAUACAAGACACCGGUGGAAGAAUUCCAUCACCGAUGGACAACGGUGUCUCUGUUUCUCGACGCAUUGGCGGCCGAAACAUUGCCGGAUAUUCAACAGCGAACCAAAUUGAGCGACUCAAACACGCGCGACAACUUGGCGAAGCUCGUCAAGUUACUGUACGCAGAAGAAGACGCUUUGGACAGGCAAAUGUACGGUGGGGGCCAGGAAGAGUGCUCGAUUGAUGCACGACCAUGCAUGGAAUACCUUCUCGAGCAUAACGUGUUGCAGAACUUGUGCGCAAAGGCCGCGCAGGACAGCCCUCGGGGUCUCAUGGUUCUUGUGCUCAUAUUCCUCACCGACCUCCUUCGCGAAUCGCGAAUCAACUACCCCAUCCUUCCUACCCGCGGUGUAUAUCGCUCCGUGUGUGAGCUCAUCCAGGCAGCUAUGGUGCGCGAAGUCGAAGACGGCAUGGUGCAAAAGUGCCUACUCCAUUGCUUGCAUGCGCUCUGGGUCAAGCUCAAGGGCGAUCCCGUGCAAACUGAAUUUUUUUUCCUUCGUAUAUACAAACCAGUACCAGGGGACCAUUCCGGCAACCUCGCGCUGUCUCCCUCCAAGAUCUCGGAGCUCGUCUUGUUCACCGGGCUCCUUCCGCACAUGUAUCGCGACGGUAAACUCGGCCACAAGUGCCGAGAAUCGCUGGUAAUCGCCGCGGGAUUACAAGAGCCUGGAUUGAGUCGGUUCAUACUGCACAUGACGCCGUUUUGCAAUUAUGCAGUCACGGGUGUCAUCCAAGCGUUCGAUGCGCUGCCUAAAGCAAUCGGAGUCAAGAAUGAAAAGACUUUUCGCAGCGUUGACCCUGAAGCCAUCGCGUUGGAGCUCGAAACACUUGCGCUACGGCUUCGGUUCUGCUGCACUCUGGCGAUGGUGGGCACGUUUGAGGUCGUCGACACGUGCAUCACCAAAGAAAUCCUGACGCAAUUCCACUCGCGAUUCCUGCAAGGCCCGCUUCUGGAAGCCCUGUUGGAUCCGUCUGAGGCGGCCGCGCGCACGGGCAUCCAUUACGCAUGCAUUGUGCUCGAUCUACUGGCGACAUGCGGCCGAUCGCCAGAUGCCAACCCAAUGCUCCACGCGACAAUAUCGUUUCUAUUGCAUCACCACCACGCCAAGACUGUCGGCAGCACUUCGAUCAAGGCAUCGCUCGUUGUGCCGGUCGUCACCUCAACCAACGAAUUAGCCCCUCCGCUGCUCGACCAGCACGGCGAGUCAGUCCGUUUGCUGUCGGAACUCCUGCAUCGAACAAACAGCUUGUCACCGUCGCUGAGCGUCGCUGCCAUCGAUUUGUUUGCCCUGAUGCUGCGUCUAAACGCCCCACAAGUCGACGCGGUCCUGCUCCCAACGACCUCGACAUCUUUGGUAUCCACCGCGCAAGCGAGCUCGCUCGAAGCCGCGGGCCACCGCAACUUGGCGGCGUGGUUCUCCUCGAGGUUUCCCCACUCGCUCCUGUCUACCCUCGACGACACGGUGUGGCAAACUAUCAUCAAGGCCCAUGGGACGCCAUCGUUGGCCCUUCCUCCGUCGACGUGGGACCGGGCAUCUCCGUCGGGGAUUCCGUUCGCAUCGUCCGAUUGGCAAGGAUACGUUGUGUCGCUCCUGUCGUACGUGAUCGCGGCGGAGCAACGGGUGUUGCGUGAAAAGUCUACCGCGCUCUUGACGUCAACGAUCGAUGGAGAGACUUCUUCCAGCGACACGGAAGAAAGCGAAGAUGAUGACGAAGGAGAAGUCGAACAAAGCCUGGGCGACAACGACGCGGCCGGACCGACACCGACGCGCCAUCGCCGCCGCCGCCGCCAGCUACCGCGAUGGCAAGUCCGUGUGCCGUCGAUGACAACGGUCGCGAUGGUCGAUGCCGUGGUCGCUGUGACGCCUCCUUCAUCGUCGUCCGCUUGGGAGUCGUUGGAAUCGAUGGUCGUGAAUCGGCUGGAGCGGUGGCUCGAUAACUCGUUGGAGGAAAAUGUUGCGCUGUCGGGGCUCGUCGUGUUGCUGGCCGAACGCAUUCCGGACACGGUAUUUGACUGGGGUAAAACAAUCGACUCGCCCUCGUUGGUUGGUGAGAAAUCGCCCAGUCUUCGAGCUGUCUUGGAGGACGUCCAUGCACAAGCAUUCGCGCGUAUUCAACGGCUGCCACAGACUCCCGGCACGUCAAUCUCGUCCAGGUUGACUGCGGUCAAGGUAAAGCUCAUGAGGCAGCCGAGCGACGACGCUCCAAGCAGCAAAGUUGCCGACUUGCAGCAGCCUUCGUUUGAUGGCCCCGAGCUGCUCUUGGUAUCGUUUGUCGUGCUGGAAGAAAUGCUGAAGGAGCUUGUGGCCGGCCUCGUCGCUGUUGAGACGGUGCAAUCCUUGCCGGAGAUGCCUGAAGGCGUGUACUUGGAAGCGCAUCAGUCGUCGCGAAAACAGAAAAAGCACGAGUUGUGGGCCGACGAAGACGACGUUGACGACGACGUUCUCAAGCAACGACGGCAAUCCAGUCCAUCCAAAUGGAGCGAAGACAAGGUCGAUGACAUGGACACGCUCUUGACGUCGGCGGCGUCGCAACUGCAGUCCAUCAUGGCCCCUGGUUCCAGUGUAGUUCCAUAGACGAAUGUAACGAAGUGGAGCUCCACACUGGCUUUGGUCGAGCUGCAGCCAUCGUUUCCUCCACGUGGCAACGCGCGGCCAGCAUCCAUCCCCAGGACAAGCAGAUUGCAAUGCAGAUCCCAUCGAUCUGGCGCCGCGGCCAUGGGCGUCCGAUGCGGAAUUUGUCAUGCCAACAACAUGCUGUGGCACUUCCGAGGCUCGUUUUGCUGUUGCCAUCGAGCCACAAAGGAGCCGAGCGUAAUCGCUUUGUUCAACUGUGCCAGGAACGGUCAGGCUUGGCGGUCUUGUGUCGAUGGCGUGGAAGUUCGCUAGCCAGAUCGGCCUGGAAUGACCGAAUCUCUCCAAGCAUUUCCAGGCAACGUGCCGUUGCGAAUCCUGCACUCUUCGAAGCUGCAAGUAAAGACAAGCUACGUACACUGCAAGCACACAUAUUUCCUGACUGCACUAGAGUGUGCACAGUUUUUGUUGACGAUGCUACGAACUUUUGGAGAAGUGCCACGCAGCCAACGUGCCCGCGACGACCGCAGCAGCUGCCAUCGCGUAUCGAACCCAUCCGUGCACCAGGAUCGGGUCUCCAUCUUCUGUCGUCCGCCACUUGCUACAGAACGUGGUGGCAAAGUAAUCAUGUCCCUUGAUGAAGCGGAUAACGGCAUUGCCAACGACGACGCCACCGAAGAGAGGCACUUGACCGACGCCGACGUUCUUUCCCAGAGGAAUCAGCAUGCCUUCCGUCGACGGAGGCACGUACGGCGUCAACUUGAUCGAGUUACCGCUGCCGGCAGCCACCCAUUUGGCUAGCUCCGUCGCGACAUGCGCGGCCUGAAACCCUCCAACAUACGCGAGCUUAGGUGUGGGGUGGUCACUUGCGUCUCCCACGACAAACACGUGCGAGUAGCGCGGAUCGUCGACUUGGCACGCGCCAUUCACACGAACGCCUUUCGACGUCGUGGACAGCAGAGAUGCGUCAAGCUUACGGAUCAGAUCCACAUUCGGGGACAUGCCAGCGCACAACAAAUGCAUGUCUGCUUCGAUCUUCGUGCCUUUGUUCGUGGUGAAAGUUGUUGCGUGCGGCAUGCAGUCGCUGGAGCGAAGCUGCAGCCGCUCGCCUAGUACAAGGUGGACGUUCAGGCGCAUGAGCUUCUCCGUCAAUUGCGCUCGAAACUCGUCCUUUAACUUUGCAUUGUGCACCAACGAAUUUUGUCCCUCCAGGAUGGUUACUCGCUUCGUCGGGGACGCAGAUGCGAUUUCGCCCGCGACUUCGAUCCCCACAGGGCCACCUCCUACGAUUAGGACGGACGACGCAGCCUUGAUGCGCUCGGCGGUUGCAUGGAUAGCCGAUACCACGUUUGCGCGGGUGUAUUCAUGGAGGGGAACCUUGAUUGGGGAUACGUAGCUGCUGCCCGUCGCGAGGACGAGGUAGUCAAACUGAACACGCGUGGUCGUUUCUUGCGCCCUGUCAUUUACAAUGGGUCGCA